AUGGUUCGUGGGGUAGUCAGGGCCGCGACGCCUUGUCUCCAGCUCAUACUCCCCAAACAUCAGGCUGCAAGAGCCGGUCAGCUACGUUCAUUCCGCUCAACCACCGCUGCUGCUACGGGAAGCUAUACAACUAUCGAUGUAACGAGCCCUCGCUCUGGAAAAUAUGAUCCUGUACCCACAACGAAACCUGCCAGCGCAAGACCGAUCGAUACCAGAAAGAGUCAGCUGAUUCGAACAUAUACGUCUUUACUGCGCUCGACACCGUUGAUCCUCUUCUUUCAGCACAGUAACUUGACCGCUGUUGAAUGGGCGGCCGUGCGAAGGGAGCUGAAGAAAGCUGUUGAUGCAGUGCCAGAGGCCCCCCAGCCGUCCGAUCAGAGCCUCGUGGACUUGUCCUCGCAACUGCGUUUACAAGUUGUGCGAACGAAUAUGUUCGACGUGGCAUUGAGAAUCGUCGAGUUCCACAACCCAGCUCUUUACAAGGCCUCACCGUCUUCUCGCGCAAAAAAUCCAGGACAGCUUGUACACGACCUUUCGGAGACGGCGUUUCAGGCAAUUCGGGAGGCUACUAUACCCCCCAACUCAGCCUACGCGCAACUUCAGCCACUCAUGGUUGGUCCUAUUGCGGCGCUUGUUCUGCCAGCUGUUUCACCAGCACAUCUUGCAGCUGCAUUAAGUGUUUUAUCGCCGGUACAUGGCAUGUUUCCCGCGCCGUCCAGGAAAAAGAGCCCAGGAUACCACGAUCCAAUAUGCCAGAAUGGUCUCGCCAAGCUCAUGUUAGUGGGUGGUCGUAUUGAAGGCAAAGUUUUUGAUCAGGCCGGAGUGAAUUGGGUUGGGACUAUUGAGGGUGGUUUGGAUGGCCUACGAGCACAACUUGUCGCCACUUUGCAAGGAGCCGGCCUCGGCGUAACGGCAGCACUGGAAGGUGGCAGCCGAAAUAUAUGGCUUGCACUGGAGAGUAGAAGGGUACAACUUGACGGCGAGAAUGACAAACCUGAACCGUAA